AUUUGUAAAAUUCCAAAUAGUAAUAAGGCCGUGGAGCUAGAAUGACCCGAAAUUAACCCGCCCGCACCUUUGCCACGUCGGCACAAAACCUCGAGCGAGGCCGAGGGUUUAUUACUUGUUCCUCCAGUGCCGGUAGUUGAUUCUGCUGCAGACAGCCAUGAAGCUCCUCAGAACCCUCUCUGCACCCAAAAAUCUACUCAUUCGAAGAAUAGGGCAUCGAUACUUUGCGGCCACACCGGAAGAGUACGCCAACAGAAACUAUGCCAACAAUGAGUCCGAAUAUACCACUGUUAUUAACUCUAUUACUGCUCAGAGAAAGAAUUUCUUGUUGAGGGAUGUUUAUGAUGACAUGUUGCUCGAUGGAAUAAAGCCAGAGAGAGAUACAUUUCAUUCACUUCUUAUUGGAACCAUGAAAGGUGCUCGCUUGCAAGAUGCUUUCUUUUUCCGUGAAGAGAUGAAAGCUAUGGGCUUCGUACCUGAUGUUUCUUUGUACAAUUUCUUGAUAUCUACCUGUGGAAAAUGCAAAAAUUCUGAACAAGCAAUAAGCAUCUUGGAAGAAAUGAAGAGAUUUGAAGUCAAGCCUACUGGACAAACCUAUAUCUGUCUCCUCAAUGCAUUUGCAAUGACUGGUCGGGUAGACAGAGUGUAUGCAAUUGUUCGGGACAUGACUGCUGCUGGUCUUGGUCUAAAUAAAUACUGCUAUGCUGGACUUAUAGCUGCUCACAAGAAUAAGGAACCUGUCACAGAUGAUGUAGCUUCCAAGAUUAUUGAGCUAGUUGAGCAGUCCAAGGGUUGGUCAGCAGUUGAAGCUCCUGGUGACAUUCCUAUUAGGUCCAUGAUGGGCAUCUCUCAAGAAGAACUUUACAAUAUUCCAACUGCUGAAUAUGUUUACCGGCGUGGAUUUUUAGAUAAGGAAUUGACGGUUUAUCAUGUUGCAUUUCAUGCCUGUGCAGACCUAAAAAGUGUGGAGUCGAUCGAUGCACUUCAUGAGAUGCUUAUCAAGGAUGGUAAAACACCUGAUGUGUUCAUUUUGAUGCAAACCAUGAGGUGUUAUCUUCAAUCUGGGGACCUACAACGUGGUCGGAAAAUUUUUGAGGACUACAUGAGUUCGGGAAAACCACCUAUGGUUGAAUUCUAUAUGACACUUGUUGAAGGAGCAAUGGUCGGUUACACUCCUGAAGGGAUGCAACUCGCUCAAGAGACACUGGUAAAUAUGAGCUCCAGGAACUUCUUCCUGGAUCCUAAAAUGGGAAGUGACCUCCUUCUUGUUGCUGCGGGUGAAAAGACUGGUGGAUAUACUGUUGCCAAUCUGAUAUGGGACAUGAUGCAAGCUCGUAAAAUGACACCAUCAUUUCCUGGUGUUCAAGCAUAUUAUGAUGGCUUGAAGGUUCGGGAGAUACCAGCUGAUGAUCCAAGACUGAAACUAGUUUCUCAAACCUACAUUAAUUUGAGAAAGAGGUUUGGUGGGUGAGGAUCCGGUAUGGAGCUGGACGAUCGUAGACAGAAGACUCAGGCCAUGCAGCUGCUACAUUGCCCUGAACCGUUGGGUUCUUUUUUACCCUAGAAUGUCUGCCUUUUCCUUUUAUUCUAUAAAAUUUGGUAUGUUUGCUCAUGUACCCAAGUCGAGCAGAUACACAGAUUAAUUGACAUUGUUAGGGAGGCAAUGAAAUUUACUCGCAAUCUGCGACUGCCAGUCACACUUUUUCUUGACUACAUAAUUGCCUCGAGGAUGUAUAAACACAGAGUCUUUCACUAGCAUUUUUUUAUGAAUUUAUAAUUUUUAGAUUAAAGUAAAAUUUUUACAUUUAAA